CAUCUCUAAUUUUCAUUCCGUGCCUAAGGUCCAGCCCACCUCUGUGAGUGUCCGAACCUUGGACAUCAUGGGUCAUUAAUUUUCCUCCCUCAUUUUUUUUUUCUUCGCUUUCGAGCUUUUCACUUCUACGCUGUUUUAUCUCUCUCCUCCCUUGAAGCGUACUCUGAGUUCUUCAUUGAAGAGGCUUUGCAGCUUUCUAUCCUCCAUUGAAACAUCUUCUUAGUAUAUUUCUGUGACAGGAAGAAGAAAUGGCAUUGAAUCAUGUAAGGUCAUUGAAAAUUGCUAUGAAUUCAAUGGAACCAAUGCGGAUGAUUGGUUCAAGGACAUAUGCUGCUGGGAAAGCAAAAAAGGGGUCUAAAGGAGGUGGAGCUUCUGAUGCUCCUAAGGUAUCAUCUCUCAGCAAAGAAAUUAAGGCUACCACUGUAGUGGGAGCUAACAUACUGAAGGAGGGCACAGAUCCUAAGAUACGACCAGACUCUGAGUACCCAGAUUGGCUUUGGCACCUUCUUGACAAGCGAGCAGCUUUGAGUGAGCUGCAACGGAAAGAAGCUGAAGAUCUGCCUAUUGAAGAUCUUAAACGCUAUGUUAAGCUGGACAACCGAGCAAGAAUUAAGGAAAACAAUUCAGUUAGGGCUAAGAACUAGUUGAGCAAACCUUUUUUGCAUUUCAUCAUCUUUGGAAAGUUGGAGGUGGCACCACACAUGCCAGCUUGAUUUCAUAAGUGCAAAGUGAAGCCACUUGGAACAAUAUAGCUACCUGUCUUUGUUUCCAGCUGCAACUAAACAUGGGUAUAUUGUGCCCUUGCUGUAUCCAUUUUUCAAUAUAAUUCUAUCUGUAUUGGAGCAAUUCACAUUUUGAUAGUCUCCAAUACUGUGAUACUAGCUUGCCCUCCGUAUAUGGGUAGGAUCGUAGUAGUUCACUGGUUCCCUUUUGAGACUAGUACAAUCAUGGAGAAAAAUCCCUGGAGUUUUUUGUUUCUGAGAUUUCUUCACUAUUAUCUGAGUUGUCUUAAUCCUGAAUUAAACUCAUCAGUCUGAAGAUAGAAUGCAUUUAGUUGCUGAGAACUUGAUGUUUGUGUAUUGCUUGGCUAGAUUUUGUCUUGUAUUUGCCUCUCUGGCUCUUAGUUUGGUUUUAAGCACUUUAUAGUAGAGAUCUACCUGAAACUAAGUGAAUUAUGAUGUAGCGACAUUGUACAAAUCUGGAACUAGUUUACUCAGCCAACUAGCAUCAUCUUAGUAAAUGGUAAAUAUUCCAUAAA